CUUAUCUGAUGUAUAUCAUAGACAGCACAUUGCCGGCUGUUUUCAGUUGUUUCUGUAGUAGCAGGAAAUACACUCACUAAAGGUAGUCUGAAUUCAAAAUGCUGAAGAGAAAACCAUCUAAUGUUUCAGAGAAGGAGAAACAUCAAAAACCAAAGCGCAGCAGCAGUUUUGGGAAUUUUGAUCGUUUUCGGAAUAAUUCUGUGUCAAAACCAGAUGAUUUAACUGAGAAACAUGAUGGGGAACCCAUAAAUGAAAGUGGAGAACAAAACAGAACUUCAAACAAUGGAGGAGGUUUGGGUAAAAAAAUGAGAGCUAUUUCAUGGACAAUGAAGAAGAAAGUGGGUAAAAAAUACAUCAAAGCCCUUUCUGAGGAAAAGGAUGAGGAAGAUGGAGACCGUGUCCUCCCAUAUCGAAACAGUGACCCUGUGAUGGGGACCCACAUGGAGAAGGGCUCCCUCAAAGCCAGUGACUCCAUGGAUAGUCUCCACAGUGGACAGAGCUCUUCAAGUGGACUAACAAGCUGCUCAGAUGGUACAAGCAACAGGGACAGCUUUCGACUGGAUGAUGAUGGCCCCUACUCAGGACCAUUCUGUGGCCGUGCCAGAGUGCAUACUGAUUUCACGCCAAGUCCCUAUGACACUGACUCCCUCAAAAUCAAGAAAGGAGACAUCAUAGAUAUCAUCUGCAAAACACCAAUGGGGAUGUGGACAGGGAUGUUGAACAAUAAAGUGGGAAACUUCAAAUUUAUUUAUGUGGAUGUCAUCUCAGAAGAGGAAGCAGCCCCCAAGAAAAUAAAGGCACACCGAAGGAGUAAAAGGGAAAAACCCAAUACUCUGCAGGAGUUCUUGGAGAGAAUUCAUCUUCAGGAAUAUACCUCAACACUUCUGCUCAAUGGUUAUGAGACUCUAGAAGAUUUAAAGGAUAUAAAAGAGAGUCAUCUCAUUGAAUUAAACAUUGAAAACCCAGAAGACAGGAUGAGGUUACUAUCAGCUGCUGAAAAUCUCCUUGAUGAAGAAAUUAUUCAAGAGCAAGAAAAUGAACCUGUGCCCCUAUCCUUAAGCCCAGACAUCUCCUCAAAUAAGUCACAGUUAGAUGACUGCCCAAGGGACUCUGGUUGUUAUAUCUCAUCAGGAAAUUCAGAUAAUGGCAAAGAAGAUCUGGAGUCUGAAAAUCUGUCUGACAUGGUACAUAAGAUUUCUAUCACAGAGCCAAGUGACUGAACACACAUUCUCAACUACAUAUCUACAGAUACAUUCCACUUAAUUCUUCUUGAGCUAAAAGGUCAAAUAGAAGAAGAGAAAUAUUUGUAAAUAUAACCGAAAGUUAAAAUGUUUUCACUUGAAUGACUGUACAUAAAAGUUCAUAUCUCUAACAUUCCUAAUUAUUGUAAAUAAAAAUGUAUAUUUAUUAUUUUAAAUGCAAUGUGUUAAUAUUUCACUUUCUGUAUUAGAAAAGGCAUAGUGUAAGCCUUUGAUAUAUGUGACAUAUCCUUUAUUUGGCUUAUUUUACAAAUACAAAAUGAUAAAAACUGCAAAAACAAACAAACAUUUUUUUAUACCUGCCAGUUUUGUAUUUAUGUAUAUUAUUGAAUGAAUAGUAAUAGAAGAUGUCUUUGUGAACUGAUUUGUCCAAGAAGCAUCUACAUUCAUUUUUAUACUUAUUGGGAAAGUGUAACUUAAUAUUGGAGACAUUUUAUUCUGAUGCACAGUAGAAAGUUAGUAAUUAUUUUUUCACUCUGUUAUCUGAUAUAAAAUAUAGAUAAGAAUAUAUUGUCACUCUUGACUUAGUAAAACUAAUUUUAAUAACUGCAGAUAUUUUGUCUUUAAGUGUAAAUACUUUUUAACUUUGUCAUGCCCUAAUUUUAAUAAUAAAAAGAACUAUGUGCAUAUUGUA